UCCAUCCCUGGGAAGAUGGAGGCGAAACCUUUGUUCAACGUGCAGAAGGCUCUGGUGCAGCCCGUGCAGAUGUGCAUGCUGGAUAUCCCCCUGAGCGUCCAGGAUGACGAUAGCUCCACACAGGAGAUCGGAGAAGAGCUGGAGGACGGUGUCAUCUACAGCAUAUCGCUCCGGAAAGUGCAGCUCCAUCACACGGCCAACAAAGGGCAACGCUGGCUGGGGUUUGAGAACGAGUCUGCCUUAAACCUCUACGAGACGUGUAAAGUGCGGACGAUAAAAGCUGGGACCUUGGAGAAGCUGGUGGAGUACCUGGUCUCGGCCUUCAAGGGCAAUGACUCCACCUACGUCACUAUCUUUCUGUGCACUUACCGGGCCUUCGCCACCACCAAGCAAGUGCUGGACCUGCUGCUUAACAGGUAUGGCAAACUCCACGUGCAGGCAAACGGGGACCACGCCAGGCAUGCUGUGGACGAGAGGAUGGAGCUGAAGAACACCAUCUCCUCCAUCCUGGGCGCCUGGCUGGACCAGUACUCCGAGGACUUCCGCAAGCCCCCAGACUUUGCCUGCCUCAAGCAGCUCAUCUCCUACGUGCGCCACAACAUCCCCGGCUCGGACCUGGAGCGCCGAGCCCGCAUCUUGCUGGCCCAGUUCCAGCAGCAAGAGCACAGCGAGACCGAGGCAGAAGCUGUGGACCACGGUGGCUGCCCGUUCCAACUGGUGGAGGAGAACGGGGUCGGGGAGGGGAAGUCGGACUUCCUUUCCUUCUCCCCAGAGAUGGUGGCAGAGCAGUUCACACUGAUGGACGCUGAGCUGUUUAAGAAAGUGGUGCCUUACCACUGCCUGGGCUGCAUCUGGUCCCAGCGAGAUAAGAAAGGCAAAGAGCAUCUGGCGCCCACCAUCCGUGCCACCGUCUCACAGUUCAAUAGUGUGGCCAACUGCGUCAUUGCCACGUGUCUCGGAGACCGAUCGCUGAAGCCACAGCAGAGGGCAAAAGUGGUGGAGCGGUGGAUUGAGGUGGCUCGGGACUGCCGCAUCCUGAAGAACUUCUCCUCCCUCCGAGCCAUCCUCUCAGCUCUGCAGUGUAACGCAGUUCACCGGCUAAAGAAGACCUGGGACGAGGUCCUACGGGAGAGCCUCCGCACUUUCCAAGAGCUGUCAGAAAUCUUCUCCGAUGAGAACAACCACUCUCUGAGCCGGGAACUUCUCAUUAAGGAGGGCACGUCCAAAUUCGCCACCUUGGAGAUCAACCCGAAGAGGGCUCAGAAGCGGCAGCAGCAGCAGCGAGAGAUGGGCGUGAUGCAGGGCACCAUUCCCUACCUCGGCACCUUCCUCACAGACCUGGUGAUGCUCGACACUGCCAUGAAGGACUUCCUGGACGGAGGGCUGAUCAACUUUGAGAAGAGAAGGAAGGAGUUUGAAGUCAUCGCCCAGAUCAAGCUGCUUCAGUCGGCCUGCAACAACUACAGCUUCACGCAGGAGGACCGUUUUGUGGACUGGUUCCACAGCCUGGAGCGGCUGAGCGAGGCCGAGAGCUAUGGGCUGUCGUGCGAGAUCGAGCCCCUGUCGGAGUCGGCCAGCAAUACAUUGAAGGAAAAGAAAAACACGGGUAUCAUCAAGCGAUGGAGCGACCGCAGGGCUCCCGCGUCUCCCCUCUCCUGUGGCUGGACCUCGUGUAGGUCCCCUACUGUCACAGGUCAGCAAAUUCCUCUGACCUCCCUCCCCCAGCACGUGUAUGCCCCGUCUCUGGCUGACAGAGGAGCUGAACCCACCGUGUCCUCUCCGACCCCUCUCCUCCCUGCUCUCCAGUUCUGGGAAUCCACCUCUCUCUCCUCCCUGGACACGUCGGGGAUCGGCUCAGGCUCCAGCAGUGCCUCGUCCUCUUCCGUCUCCUCCACGCCGGUGACGGCCUCCCGCACCCACAAGCGCUCCGUCUCCGGCAUCUCCAGCUAUUCCUCCCUCUCACUGCCCCUCUACAACCAGCAGGUCGACGACUGCUGCAUCAUCCGCGUCAGCCUGGCCGUGGACAACGGCAACAUGUACAAGAGCAUCCUGGUAACGAGCCAAGAUAAGACCCCGGUCGUUAUUCGCAAGGCCAUGGCCAAACACAACUUGGAUGGGGACCGGCCCGAAGACUACGAGCUUGUCCAGAUCAUCUCGGAGGAGAGGGAGCUGAAAAUCCCCGACAACGCCAACGUCUUCUACGCCAUGAACUCUGCCGCCAACUACGACUUUGUGCUCAAGAAGAGGGGCUUCUCCAAGGGGGUGAAGAUCAAGCACGGCUCGAGCUCCACCCUGCCCCGGAUGAAGCAGAAAGGCCUGAAGAUCGCCAAAGGCAUCUUCUAGCUGCAGCCCCACUGCCACCCCUC